UUGGAAAUAAAAAUCCAAGAGAGACCGAAAGCGAGCUGCUGAAGGUGCUGAAACUGAUCGCCGACGUUUGUUUGACCUUUUCAAGAAUUGAUUGAGCAAAAUGAUGAGGCUACAGACAUAUGCGGGGCUUAGUUUCGUUGCAACUCUAGCUGUUACAUAUCAUGCAUUCAACAGCAGAGGUCAAUUUUAUCCAGCAAUGGUUUUUCUGUCUACUUCCAAGAUCAGCUUGGUACUUCUUCUCAACAUGGGUCUGGUCAUUAUGUGUCUUUUAUGGCAAUUAACGAAGAGGGUCUUCCUUGGCACACUGCGAGAGGCAGAGGUUGAGAGGCUUAAUGAGCAAUCAUGGAGGGAGGUUAUGGAAAUUCUCUUUGCCAUCACCAUUUUUAGGCAGGAUUUCUCUGUUACAUUCCUUGCUAUGGUCACGGCACUGUUGUUGAUCAAAGCUUUACAUUGGUUGGCUCAGAAAAGAGUUGAAUAUAUUGAGACCACUCCUACAGUGCCCUUGUUGUCUCACAUUCGAAUUGUGUCUUUUAUGGGUUUUCUCCUUCUUCUGGAUGGACUCUUUUUAUAUAGUUCCAUGAAGCAUUUGAUACAAUCAUGGCAGGCUUCAGUUUCCCUGUUUUUUGCUUUCGAGUACAUGAUACUGGCAACAACAACAGUGUCAAUUUUUGUGAAAUAUCUUUUCUAUGUUAGCGACAUGCUUAUGGAAGGACAAUGGGAAAAGAAACCAGUCUUUACAUUCUACUUGGAACUCAUUAGGGAUUUGCUUCACUUGUCUAUGUACAUGUGUUUCUUCCUUGUAAUUUUCAUAAAUUAUGGUGUGCCUUUGCACUUAAUACGGGAGCUGUAUGAGACAUUUAGGAACUUCAGAGUUCGUGUCGCUGACUACAUACGGUACCGUAAGAUUACAUCAAAUAUGAAUGAUCGGUUUCCUGAUGCAACCCCCGAAGAGCUUAAUGCAAGCGAUGCUACAUGUAUUAUCUGUCGUGAAGAGAUGACUACAGCCAAGAAACUUAUAUGUGGACAUCUUUUUCAUGUGCAUUGCCUCCGAUCAUGGUUGGAGCGACAACAUACUUGCCCUACCUGCAGAGCCUUGGUUGUACCACCUGAAAAUGGGGCAACUACUGCUGGAGGGCAGCAUGGAGCACAGUCAGAUCGACAGGGAGCAGGAGCAGGAACAGGAACAAGUACAGGAAGCUCAGCCCAAGCUGAAGGUGGCAGUGGGGCAGCUACUGAUAAUUUGAGUCGUCAUCAAGCUAGACUCCAAGCUGCAGCUGCUGCUGCUUCAAUGUACGAGAAGUCUUAUGUAUACCCCUCGGCAACUUCUUUAGUAUGCGCCCCUGGAUACACUGUUUAUCCUCCUGUUCAAAGACCGGCUGCUGAAUCUACUAAUACUGAAUUUAAUGUAGAACAUGAACAAACACAACGGCAGUUUCUCAUCCCUGGUGGACCAAUGAAUGUUUCCUUUCAUCCAAUGGGACCGUUUCUUUUUCCCCCUUCUCUAACGCAUGUAGCAAAUGAGAAUUAUGGGGAGGGAUCUGGAUCUGAUCCAAAUACGCCAAAGUCUCUGCUGGAAGCUCAAAGACGCCAGAUUGAGAUUCUGCAAAAUCAGCUCCAGAUUCUGCGGAAGGCAUGUGAUGAGGAAAAUGUGAAUGGGGGCAAGACGACAUCAAGUGGCAAAGACAAGCAGGUUGCUUCCUCUUCAUCUGUGUCUGAUAUUCAAGGCAGCAGUUUAUAAACUGCUUGCUUAUUUUUCUGGCUGUAUAAUGAGGAGACUUCCAAAUGUAGAUAUAGGCAAAGUAGAGUACAGAAAUCACAGCAUCGUAGGUCGCAUCAUCAAUUUGAGAUUGUUCAAGGCUUGUUCUUUGUUAUAUUAAUCUUAUUAAUGCCUAGUGCCUCUUAAAAUUGAUUUGUGUCUGGCAGGCUUUUGUUAUCUUGCGUAAUAAUUUUUAUGGUAAAUAUCUAGUAUUAAAUAUUACUGAAUGUCAUCGAGUU